UGGUGCCCUGAAGAACUCUGUAGUGCAAUUGCUAGGGGUCUGAGGAAUAGUUACCCAAUCUUGCUUCUCUGAAAGCAACCCCUCAAGUAGGACCAGUACCACAUAAUUGAUUGUGUAGGGACUACCAUGUUGAUGGUAUCUAAAGCAGCUGAUGAAAGAUCUGAUAGAAGUAACAAGGUUGCAUUCCCCCUGGCCCUUUUGCAAUAAACAUUAUGUUUCAUAGUGACCAAAGCUGAUUCAGUCCUGUAAAUCAGGUUGAAAUGUAGACUGAAAUAGGUCUAGAUAAUCUGUAUCCUCCCAGAGUUCCUUCGGUUGCUCAGAUAGAACCCUGACAAGUACCUCACCUAAAAAUGAGUAUUUGCAACUGGGUGACAGUUAUCAAAUAUUGUUUGGUCCAGAGUGGAUGUUUUCAAGAGUGGUCAUACUACUGCUUUCUUUAAGGGGAGCAGAAACAAUCUUUUCAUGCAGAUAUAUGUUCUCCUGGACCCACCUAAUUAUAUUCCAUCAUCUAGUUUUUAUUGACUAGGAAGACAAGGAUUGAGAAAAUAAAUGGUUGGUUGCACUCCUGCAAACAUCUUGUCCACAUUAUCAGGCUGCAGGGCUUCAAGCUCACUGCAGAGACAAACAUUUUAUCCCCAAAUUGUCCUGCAAAAAGGUCACAGAGGGUCUUUGAGAGGACCAUCAAAUCACUCAGAAGAGCUCUGCUGGAUGUCUACUUGAGGAUGCAAUGAAAACACCAAAGUAAUGCUUCUUUGCUGCCCAUACUACUGUGCAUUGGGUAUUUGGUAUUUCCUCUGAAGAAAAUUUUAUUAUCACAACAACUAAUAGAAAAGAGAUGACAAAUGAAAACUUCAGUGAAAUGGUUAAAGACAAGAUGACUUUCUAUUUACUACAAUCAGUUGAUCAGUCACUUCCCUCAGCAACACAGGAACGCAUUGAUUUCCUUCCCCAUUAUGACACACUUGUGAAAAGUGGAAUGUAUGAAUACUAUGCUAGUGAGGGGCAAAAUCCACUGCCAUUUGCUCUGGCAGAAUUAAUUGACAAUUCGUUAUCAGCUACUUCACAGAAUACAGGUGUCCGGAGAAUACAGUUAAAGCUGUUAUUUGAUGACACCCAAGGAAAACCAGCUGUUGCUGUGAUUGAUAAUGGCAGAGGCAUGACAUCUAAACAACUUAAUAAUUGGGCUGUAUAUCGGUUGUCAAAAUUUACACGACAAGGUGAUACAGAAAGUGUUGGAAUUAGUGAUCAUUCUGGGUAUGUACAUCCUCCAGCAGUUCCUCGCAGUUUAAACAGUGAUAUAUCAUAUUUUGGAGUUGGUGGUAAACAAGCAGUGUUUUUUGUUGGACAAUGUGCCAGAAUGAUAAGCAAACCUGCAAGUUCUCAAGAUGUUCAUGAGCUUGUUCUUUCGAAAGAAGAUUUUGAAAAGAAAGAGAAAAACAAAGAAUCUAUAUACAGUGGAUACAUAAGAAACAGAAAGCCAGCUGAUUCUUCCCAUAUUAUUAAUGAUGAUGAAAGAUUCCUACACAAUCUAAUCAUGGAGGAAAAAGACAAAGGGAGCUUCACUGCAGUGGUUAUUACUGGGGUACAGCCAGAACAUGUGCAGUACCUAAAAAACAAUUUUCACCUUUGGCCAAGACAACUAACGCAUAUAUAUCAUUACUAUAUCCAUGGACCAAAAGGAAAUGAAACUAAUCCAACAGUGAAGGAAACAAGAGCUUUCAAUAAUAUUGAUAUAGAGAUUGCAAUGUUUGAAAAAGGGAAGACACCUAAGAUUUUGAAUCUUAGAGAAAUCAAAGAUGAUAUGCAAACCUUAUAUAUAAAUACCGCAGCAGAUAGUUUUGAGUUCAAAGCUCAUGUUGAAGGAGAUGGUGUGGUAGAAGGUGUUAUGCGUUAUCAUCCUUUCUUGUAUGAUAAAGAAACCUACCCUGAAGAUCCUUGCUUUCUUUCAAGAUUAAAAGAUGAUGAUGAUGAAGAUGAAGAAUACUAUGUAAUAGAAAAGGGAGCCAGAGGGAAAAGACCCAUUUUUGAAUGUUUUUGGAAUGGAAGAUUAAUACCAUAUACAACAGUGGAAGACUUUGAGUGGUGUGCCCUGCCCAAGAAGAGAGGGCUUACCCCAGUUGAGUGUUACAACAGAAUUUCUGGUGUGUUGUUUACAAAUGACAAAUUUCAGGUCAGCACAAACAAGCUGACUUUCAUGGAUUUGGAAUUAAAGUUAAAAGACAAAAAUACACUUUUUACAAGAGUUGUCAAUGGACAGGAACAGAGAAUGAAAAUUGACAGAGAAUUUGCCUUAUGGCUGAAGGACUGCCAUGAAAAAUACGACAAACAGAUCAAAUUUACUUUGUUUGAUGGAAUAAUUACACGCACUGAUCUGGCCUCUAAAAGAAUGCAAAGUCCUUGGGCUACAUAUCUAGCAAUAGAGUGGGAUGGAAAAACAUAUAAAACUGACCAGCUGGUAAAAACAAUUAAAACACUCCCAAUUCUCCAUGGAAGUAUAAGAAAAUUUUUUUUAUAUGGGGAUCAUGAUGGAGAUGUGUAUGCUACUGGAGGAGAUGUUGAAAUAGCUUUGGCUAGUACUACUGAUAAGGAUCCUGGCUGUGUGGGGAAGAUCAGCAGGAAACCUUUAACAUGGUCUCAUUCCAGUGCAGGGCAGGAACCUAAGGAACUGUAUGCAGAAACAAAGAUUAUUCCAAUAUGCAAACUCGAUCGUUCAGUGUCUGACACAGCAGUGAAAAAAUAUAUUGAAGAGGAAAUGGCCAGACUUCCUGAUAAGUUGUCAAUAACAUGGCCUGAAGGAGAUGAGUUGAUACCAAAUGAAACCAAGCCUGCUGGAGCUACUAUAGGAGCACUAAGAAUUGAAAUAUUGAAUAAAAAAGGAGAAGCUAUGCAAAAGCUUCCUGGUUCAAGUCAUGGAGGAUCAAAGAAACUGCUUGUGGAACUAAAAAUUAUUUUGCACUCACCUAGUGGAAAUAAGGAAAUCAUUUCUCAUAUCAGUCAGCAUGGGAGUAAAUGGCCUUACUGGUUCAAAAAAAUGGAAAAUAUGAAUAAACUUGGGACCUACACACUGAAACUACAAGUAGUGCUAAAUGAAAGCAAUGCAGAUACAUAUGCAGGAAGAGCCCUUCCCUCUGCAACCUUUAAAUUUGAUAUAAUCGCGGGCAAGCCUUACAAGUUUUCAAUAGGUCUUUUGGAUCCUCCUUUUCGAGUUGGGUGUCCGUUCAAUAUUCCUCUAGAUGUCCAGGAUGAAUUUGGUCAUGCUACCCAUCUGACAGAUGAUAUUGUACCAAUCCUUGAGGCUAGUGGUUUAACAUUACAAUAUGAAGAACUAGAUAGAGGACCAAAGUGUGCAAUUAAGGGCAUAACUGCUAAAGGCCUGGUGAACAGUUACCAGGGCAAGAACUUUAAUAUGAAGAUCAUUCUUCCUGGUCUGCAAGAAGAAUCCCAGACUUUGAAAUUUAAACUUCUUCCAGGCCCACCUCAGAAACUAAAUGUUAAACCAGAUUCUGAUAUCUUGAAAAUUGAGAAUGGAACAUCACUCCCUUUUCAUGUUGAAGUGCUGGAUGAAGUAGGGAACAUAACAACACAACCAAAACUAAUUGUUCACUGCAAGUUUUCAGGAGCUACAGACCUUCCUGUGUAUGCUGUGGAUUGCAGUAAUGCUGGAUCAAAUAUCUUAACUGGACCAGUUCUGCAUGUUCAGAAUAUAAAGAAAGAUCAGACACUUACAGCAAGGAUUGAAAUACCUAGUUGUAAAACUGUUCCAGCACUGGAGAAGACAAUUAAAUUGCUUCCCAGUAGUCGCGUUGCAAAACUACAGAUUUUUAGUGUCGGAGGAGAAAAAGCUAUUCAGAUAAAGCACCAAGAUGAAAUUAACUGGAUUGCAGGUGAUGUGAUGCAAAAUCUCAUCUUCCAAAUGUAUGAUGAGGGAGAAAGAGAGAUUAUAAUAACUGCAGCUCUGGCUGAAAAAAUUAAGGUGAAUUGGACCCCAAAGAUUAACAGAGAUGAGUUGGUUAAAGGAUUAUUACCUGAUGUGAAAGUACCAACAUCUGUAAAAGAUGUACGCUAUUGUCUAGUUACAUUCCAUGAUGAUCAAGUAUCUUUGGAAAGUGCAUUUACAGUCAGACCACUUGCUGAUGAGCCAAAAAGUAUUAAAUGCCAAAUAAAAGGAUCCAAUGUGUUACAUAUGGGUGAAAAAUUACAAAGUGACAUUGAGGUAAUUAUUACAGAUCAGCAUGGAAAUCAUAUUCAGAACCUUAUACCAUCUUGUGUGAAUUCAUUGGGAAUUUCUGGGAAUGGCCUGGAUAAGUCAGACUUGAAGAUUCUUUGGCAGGAAGAUACACAAAGCAUUUGGGUCAACGGCAUCAAGUUUAAAACAGGUCCACCUGGAAUCAAGGAAUUGUGCUUUGCUUGGCGUGAAUUUUCUCAGUUCUUGAGAUUACAUUUGAUUGCAGGACUUCCAGCUAAAUUGGUACUUGUGGAUUGGGCUGAGUUAGAGAAACCCGUGUCAGUGAUUAAUGGCAAAGAACUACAGAAACCCCUUCUAGUCCAACUCUGUGAUCAAUGGAAUAACCCAUCUUCUGAACCUAAUGUCAAAAUCACCCUUUCAAAGCCUAGCAAUGUAAAGCUUAUACCUUUGAACCCACUCCAGAAAACAGAUGAAAAUGGUAGAGCAAAUUUUGGAGAUGUUUGUAUUCAUGCUCCUAGGGGAGAACAUGGGUUGCAGUUUAAAGCCUCAUACAACAAGAAUACACUAUACAGUCCAGUAAUCACAUUAAAUGUUCUCCCUGACCCUGAGAAACCUGUACAUGUGAAUGUCAAGUAUGACAAGAAUGUUGCCUUUGCAGCUGGAAGCAUUUUUCCUGAUUUCAUGAUUAGUGUUUGUUCUGAAGAUGACAACAUUAUUAAAAAUAUAAAUUCAGGAAGAAUUUCUAUGAAAAUGUGGGAAGGACACAGUACUGGAACCCUACCACAAAAUGUUACAACAUUUGGCUGUACCAAAACAAAAGAUGACAAGGAUGAGGGAUUUUUUUACUUCAGGGAUAUAAUGGUUCCAGAGAAAGUGGGCAUGUACACCAUCCAGUUUGCGUUUGCCAUUGACAAAAUAAAUAUUCUUAACAGCGACCAGGUUAUAAUUGAAGUGGUGCCUAAUAAACCAGCACAGUUGAUGCCAAGAAGUUUACCAAAUACUCCUGCAGUUUCUAAUGUUCGGGCUGUUGGCAGUCGAACCCUGGUCAAGGAUUUGACCCUCAUUAUAAUGGAUGAAUACAAAAACUGCACUGGUAAUGAUUUAGAUGGAAAAAUCAUAGCUCAGAUUAAAAGUUCAAUUGAGAAAGAUAUGGAAAUCCCCCUGUUUCAGGGUAAUACAAGUACAGUUGAGUUUCCUUUUCACAAAGGAAUUGUUGAAAUUGAGGAUCUUGUGCUAGCAGAAAAUAGUCCAGGGAGAGAUAGUACUGAAUAUAGUCUUGUGUUUGAGCCAGUUAUACCAACUCUGAAAAGACAUUUGAAACCUUAUUAUCUGUCUUUUAUGUUUUACAAUGGUUAUAAGAGACAACAGCAGAUGGCAAUGCUUACAAAAGAAAGAGACAGACUAGCCCAGUCAGUACAAGUGUACAGAAGUAUGUUUGACACCAGUAAUCAGCUUCUCGCUGAAUUAAGGUGUCAAGUUCAAGAAGCUGAAGCAAAAGAGUCCCAAGUGAAGAAUGAACUGAAAGUGCACCAGAUUGGCAUACCUCAAACUAAUGUUCUGCAGUUUGUUGAUUCUCUAAUAAAACAAAAGAGGACUGAGCAGGAAGGAAUAAUGAAACAACCUAGAAGAACAUGUACACUUAACAAUGAUCACAAAGGUAAUCAAGACGUUUUGGGCAAGAUUUCACACUUAGCACAGAUUGAAGAUAAUGAAGUUGCAAAGGUCAUAUCUUGGCAUUUGGCAAGUGAUAUGGACUGUGUAGUCACUCUGACAACUGCUGCUGCUCGUCGUAUUUUUGAUGAAACCCAAGGCCGGCAGCAGGUAUUGCCUCUUGAUUCUGUUUAUAAGAAGACUCUUCCAGACUGGAACAGCAGGCCUUUACCUCACUUACGAAAUGGAAAAAACUGUUUCAAGCCUAUUGGAAAUCCUUUAUUUGCCAGGAGUUUGCUAACAUUUCCAGAACAUGUAGAGGACUGCCAAACAGUGUUUGGGUUGCUCUUAGGCGAUACAAUUAUUAUUGACAAUUUGGAUGCUGCCAAUCAUUACAGAAAAGAGAUUGUAAAAAUCACACACUGCCCGACUUUACUGACGCGAGAAGGAGACAGAAUCCGCAGCAAUGGAAAGUUUGGAGGCCUUCAGAACAAAGCCCCUCCGAUGGAUAAACUUAGAGGAAUGGUUUUUGGAGCACCUUUGCCACAACGUUAUUAUGUUCUCUCUACGCAGCUAGAUCUCCUUCAUCAGUACCAUGCCUCUGUUGUCAGACUUAAUCACAUAAAGACAGAACUUAAAGUUCAAGAGCAUUCAGUUAAUACUCCAGAAAUGCAAAAAAGGAAAGAAGAGCUUGCUGAGCAUGAAAAGAAUCUCAAGUUAAUAGAGCAACAAUUAGGUAUAAGCUCAUCAGGCCAAUGCACCAAAUCAUCAAACCAGCCAGAAGAACUUGAUUUAUUUGACAUGCCAAAUCCUCCAAAAAGAAUGCGGAGAGAAAUAACAAAACGCUCUUACAGUUCAGAAGAAUGGAUCUCAGCUCCACCUGCGAAGAAACAGCAGCAAACAGCAACUGCUACAUCAGAAGUUAAUGGAACAUCCCGAAAAAAGAAAACAUAGACCAGUCACAUUUGUUAAAGUAACUAUAUAAUUAAAUAUGUAUAAGCUUAAAAAAGAAAAUUGUUGUUAAUGUUGUUAAUACUUUCAUAGUGAUAGAAAAUUUUUCCAGUUAGUAACAAGUUACUAUAAAUUUGUAUAGGUCUUUUUUACUUUCUGUUGUUCAUCAACAUGUAGAAGUAUAAAUUUGCUUUUUUAUUUAUGAAAAUUUUCAAAUUUUGCAAUAAAAUUGUUGCAAUACUAAAA